AUGGGUAAUGCAACGAACCAUUUAUCCUUAUGUGUUAGCCGGUCAUCAAGAAAAACUCAUCGAGAACGACCUUAUGUAUCUCGUCCAUUUUGGCCAUAUCAAUAUCAUCAUCAUUUGAAUGUUUCAACACAUAUGUCAUCGAAUUCUCAGAUUCGUGAAAUAAGUCCAAUGCGUUUAUCACCAACAAUGAAUAUUGAUAUAUUAAAUGUCUAUCGAGAUUGUCCAUUUUGUUUAAAACUACUUUUUGAACCAAUAUCAACAUUAUGUGGACAUACAUUUUGUCUAUUAUGUAUGGAACGUUUUAUAUUAACAUCAGAACGUAUAUUACAAUGUCCAAUAUGUCGAGAUGAUUUAAAUUAUCUUCGUUCUUCAUCUAGUCAUUUAAAAGCAAAUGCAAUACUUCAUAAUUUAUUUCGACAACAAUAUGAAAAAGAAUAUGAAAUAAGACGAAUUGAAACUGAAAAUGAACGUAAACAAAUUAUUAAAAAACGUUUAAUUGUUGGAAAUACACAUCAAUUAUUGUCCUGUGAUUAUGAUUAUACAAGACAUGAAUGGACACUUUUUGUUAAAUUAAAUAAUGAUGAUCAAGAUGAUAUUAGUCAGUAUAUUAAACAAGUUACAAUUAAUUUACAUCCAACAUUUACGCCAUCACAGAUUAUUCUUGAUAAACCUCCAUUUUGUUUGACAAGAAUUGGAUGGGGAGUAUUUACAAUUUAUCUUACAAUAGAAUUUCAUUCUCAAUGGAAAAAAUCUGAUUUUCGAACAAGUUGGUUUUUGUCAUUUUCAAAUACUGGAAAUCAAAAAACAAUUGAAAUUGAAUUUCAAAAAACAACAGACGAUAUAAAUAAUGAAGAAAUUCUUUAUAAUAAAUCAAAUAAUCAUUUUUCAAGACAUUUAUUAAUCACAUCUGGUGCUGCACUUCAAGCUUUAAUUCCUCCAUUAACAAAUUCUAAAGAAUGGAUUAUUGUUUGUAAACUGAAAUAUUCUAAACGUAAUACAAAACAACCAUCAAUUCACGGUAGAUUUAUUUAA